AUGAUGGAGCUGCAAACGAAGGCGUUGAAGUACCUUGCCGCUGCAUGGAAUGCCCUGUCGGAGGAGGAGAAGGCCACAUACAAGGCAAAGGAGCUGGAGCUCAAGAAGAAGUACGCUGAGGACCUUGCGGCAUGGAAGACAACGGAGGCCUUCCAGACGUUUGCCAUGGACGUGGACGAGUGGUAUCAGACGGAGGAGGCCCAGAAGACAAAGAAGCCGGCGAAGUCCUUCCGCCUCUGGAAGACGAAGAAGAUGCAAAGCAAGCGUGCGGCGGACAAACUCGCAGAUAGGGAGCGCGUCAAAGCCGAGAAACUUGCAGCCCGGGAGAGGGCGAAGUUCGAGAAGUCCGCUGGCAAGAAGAAGGCUAAGGUGAGCAUGCCGGGGGCACCAGCCGAGCCGGAGGCUCCGGCGGUGGAGAUCCCACCCCCUCUGGAGAAGGAUCCCUUCUGGGACGAGUGCUUCUCUAAUGCAGAGGUUGCGGGAACCAUUGAGAAGCAUCUGGCCAGAUGGCUUUCAACAGACGAGUUGUCUAAGCUCCAAAGCUUGCCGCCCCCCAUUUCGCCAGCCGCCCCUCUCUGCGCCUCCGAUGAAGAAUCCUUCGUCGACUGGGCCGUGCCGACUGAGCGUGCCAUGCGGCCAAGCAAGCCAGAGAUGCUGCGUGCCUGCCCAGCUUUUGUCGUCUUGGCCUGCUUGGGCCAGGUUUUCUGGUCGGGUCGGAACAGAAACUUUUUCCACCUGAGCAAGGUUACCAAAGCCUACGAUGAGUUCUUGAGUCACAGCUGGCAGGCACCUUGCUCAUGGCGGGCAUUUGGCAACUCGGAUUCCUGCCUGGCUACGUGA